CAAUAAGCUAGCCAAAGAAAGGAGUUGAAAAGUGAUUUUUAUUUUUUAAAAGUUUAUAAACAGCUUCUCGGCUCUCAAGUCUCAACGCUUGCUGUCUUUGUAUUUCUGAGUAAAUUGACCACACACAAAGAGAGAGAUAAGAGUUUUCUAGAGCUUCAGAGAUAAUAAGAAUAAAGCUAUUUUUUCAAAAAGUGUUGAUGAAUCCAAUUUCAGUUGAUAAGUUUCGCUGAUUUCUGAAGAAUGGACGCCAAUACUCCGCCAGCUGAGGAGCUCCUCAAGAAGAUUCAAGAACUUGAAGCCGGCCAUGCCCACUUGCAGCAAGAGAUGUCCAAGCUUAAAGAUUCUAAAUCCGACACCAACCACCAGCGUUCACAUUCGGUGUCGCCUCGCCGUCCAAGAUUGGGAGCUGCUCCAAGAAGGAAAGAACCCGCUACUAUAUGGAAGAAUUCGGCAUCGUUUCGAUAUUCUUCCCCGUUGCAAAGAGAGAGCAGAAGUGGUGAGAGUGGCGUCGCUGGUGGCGCAAUUAGCGGGGGUGGUCCGGCGUAUGUGAAUUUCACUGACAGACAGUAUUUGAAUAUAUUGCAGUCUAUGGGGCAAUCUGUUCACAUAUUUGAUCUUGAUGGUCGUAUCAUUUAUUGGAACCGGUCAGCGGAAAACCUUUAUGGUUAUUCAGCUGCUGAAGCUCUAGGUCAUGAUGCCAUUGAGCUUCUGUCAGAUCCUCGAGACUUUGAUGUGGCACAUAAUAUGGUUCAUAGGGUUACAAUGGGAGAUAGGUGGACGGGACAAUUUCCUGUGAAGAAUAAAAUGGGGGAGAGAUUUUUGGCUGUUGUUACUAAUACUCCAUUCUAUGAUGAUGAUGGUACUUUGGUUGGGAUUAUUUGCGUGUCUAGUGAUUCUCGACCAUUCCAUGAAACUAGGGUUGCAAUGUGGGGUGCUAAGGAUUCAGAGCGAGAUUCGAGUUUUGGUCAUGAUAGAAUUGGUGUAACAUCUAAACUUGGCCUGGAUUCUCAGCAGCCUCUGCAAGCUGCAAUUGCUUUGAAAAUAUCAAAUUUGGCAACUAAAGUGAGCAACAAAGUUAAGUCAAAGAUUCGGACUGGAGAAAAUUUAAUGGAUCGUGAAGGUGGAAGUGGAGAUAGUCAUCAGUCAGAUCAUGGGUUCUCUGAUGCAGCUCUUUCUGAUCAUAGAGAAGAUGCAAAUUCAAGUGGUGCUAGCACGCCAAGGGGUGAUAUACCUCCAUCUCCUUUUGGUGUGUUUGGUCCUGCUGAUGAGAGGUUCCCUGUCAGGCCAUUCAGAGAUGGUGGUGAUGAGGGUGAAGGAAAACCUACAAUCCAAAAGAUAAUUACAACUAAGGCAGAACAAUGGAUGGGUAAGAAGGGCCUAUCAUGGCCUUGGAAAGGGACUGAGCGGGAAGUUUCAGAGCCAAAGUCUGGUCGUUUUGCUUGGCCCUGGUCACAAAGUGAUCAAGACAAUGAAUUGAUAAAUCAGAAGAUUCCUGGUUCAAAAUCUGAAAGCCACAUAAAUGAAGGUAGUAGGCCUUCUAAUAAUGAGGCCUCUGGAUCCUGGUCCUCAUCUGUUAAUGUUAACAGCACAAGCAGUGCUAGCAGCUGUGGAAGCACUAGCAGUAGUGCUGUAAAUAAGGUGGACUUGGACAAUGACUGCUUGGACUAUGAAAUCUUGUGGGAAGACUUGACAAUUGGAGAACAGAUUGGGCAAGGUUCUUGUGGGACGGUGUACCAUGGUCUGUGGUAUGGAUCAGAUGUUGCUAUCAAGGUAUUCUCCAAGCAAGAAUAUUCAGAUGAUGUGAUACAUUCCUUUAGACAAGAGGUGUCUCUGAUGAAAAGACUUAGACAUCCAAACAUUCUGCUCUUUAUGGGAGCUGUGACUUCACCUCAACGUCUUUGCAUUGUUACUGAGUUUCUUCCACGGGGAAGUUUGUUUCGCUUGCUACAAAGGAACACAACCAAACUUGAUUGGAGACGGCGUGUGCUGAUGGCUUUAGAUAUAGCACGGGGCAUGAGCUAUCUUCAUCAUUGCAACCCCCCAAUCAUCCAUCGUGAUUUGAAGUCUUCAAAUCUUCUAGUUGAUAAACAUUGGACUGUGAAGGUUGGUGAUUUUGGUCUGUCGCGUCUCAAGCAUGAGACAUAUCUUACUACCAAGACUGGGAAAGGAACACCUCAAUGGAUGGCACCAGAAGUUCUCCGUAAUGAACCCUCCGAUGAGAAAUCUGAUGUAUAUAGCUUUGGAGUGAUAUUGUGGGAGCUUGCCACUGAGAAGAUCCCUUGGGAUAAUCUCAACUCAAUGCAGGUGAUUGGAGCUGUAGGGUUCAUGAACCAACGGUUAGAGAUCCCGAAAGAUGUGGAUCCACAGUGGGCUUCCAUUAUUGAGAGCUGCUGGCACAGCAAUCCACAGUGCCGGCCAUCAUUCCAGGAACUGCUGGAUAGACUUAGAGAUGUGCAGAGAAAAUUUGCGAUUCAAUUCCAGGCAUCCCGCUUAGCGGCAGGAGAUUACACACAGAAGGAAUUAUAGUUUAUAGACCCAGUUCUCAUGUUUGGUUCUAUUGCUUCAACCACAGUAUUGCUUAUUCAAAGCAUCAGUGCUAUUUUUCCGAAGUAUUGGCUUUUUUUUUUGCUGGUGAAAAACGGAUGGCUACCACAUAUUACCCCUAAAAGGCUUAUGAAUUGGCACAACCACAAAGUCAAAGCUCAAGCUGCCAGAUGAAAAGAAAAACAAAAAAGUAAAUGGGCUGUUGGUAACAUGUGGGUUGUACAAUUUUUUUUGUGGUGAUUGCUUCUUUGUGCAUUGCAUUCAGUGUUUUAUUUUUUUACUGGCAUGAUAAAAAUCUUGAAAAGAUCUGUCAGUGGAGCUUUCUGAAAUGGAGUCGGUGAAAUCCUGUCACUGUCACCCAUUUGUGGUUUCGAUGAGAGAAUUUGAGCACCUAGUUAAAAAGGAAAAGAGUUGUACAGAAAACAUAAUUCUCAUUGGAGUGCAUAGAGACAGAAUUGAUGUUA